AUGGAACCCUUUCCCUACUUUUGCGUCUACGAUUUCGAGGCCAUUCUGGAAGCGGAAAACAUGGGUCAGGCAUACGAGAAGCACGUCCCCAGUUCAUUUUGCAUACUCGUAAUCCGAUCCACGGACUCGCGCAUCGUCGAGCAGUUUUUAUACCGGGGCGAGGACUGCGUGGAAAAGUUCAUUUCCAUCCUUAAUCAAUUGUCAAAGCUCAUUGGCGAAUGGAUUCGAAGCGAGGAAGUGCCAAUGGUGAGCGUGAACGAAGAGGCUCACGCGUCGGCCUCUCACUGCGCGAUUUGUGGCGAAUCGUUUGGAAAUCGAAAGAGAAAAGUGAGAGAUCACGACCACUUCAGCGAACCGUACAGGCAGUCGUUGUGUCAGGGAUGCAAUUUAAAUAUGAGAGUAAACAAGAAAGUCAUUCCAGUGCUCGCGCACAACCAUUCGUAUGACCUGGCCUUUAUACUACCCAAACUCGACUUAUUCGAGUCUAAAGAUAUUAAAAUGCUCGCCACUAGCUGCCAGCAAUUUAAGCGACUCGACGUGGGUAACCUGCGGUUUCUCGACAGUCUGGCAUUUCUCCCCGCCAGCUUGGAUGCGCUGGUUCAGGACCUCCGUUCCAAGGGACUAGAAAACCUGUGCUGUCUAAAGCAGGCUUUUCCGCAGCACGUUGAGCCUCUGGCGCGGAAAGGCGUAUUUCCCUACGACUACGUGACCAGUUUCGAGGCUUACCGGGAGCCCGAGCUACCGCCGCCCGAGUCGUUUUACAACAAGCUUAACGAUAGCCAAAUUUCGGAGGAGGACUACCGUCACGCCCAAACCGUCUUUGAAACAUUUAAUUUCAAAAGCCUAGGAGAAUACAGUGACUGCUACCUGCAUCUCGACUGUCUACUUCUCGCCGACGUGCUCCAAAAUUUCAGGAAAUGGACUUUAGACACGUACGAGCUCGAUCCGCUUCACUAUGUUUCCCUCCCCGCGCUCAGUCUGGCCUGCGCACUUAAACAAACUGGGGUGAAACUGGAGCUGCUCGACGAUGUGGAUGCGUAUCUCUUCAUCGAAGCGGGUCUGCGAGGAGGAAUCAUUCAAUGUGCCAUUCGCAACACGAGGGCUAACGUGCCAGGAACCGCACGUUUCGAUCCGAGCACUGCGGUUUCUCAAAUUUUAGACCUCGAUGUGAACGGUCUUUACGCUUCCACCAUGCGACAAUCCCUUCCAUGCGCCGAUUUUCGCUGGCUAGACCGCGAGGAAAUCGACGCUCUCCACUUCCAGCAGGUUCCCGACGACGCGCCAGGGGGUUACAUUUUAGAGGUGGACCUUGACUACACUCGGGAACUACACGAUUCGCACGCGGACUUUCCCCUGGCUCCCGAGAAACGAGGAGUCCCGCUCGAAUGGCUCUCACCCUAUCAAAAAGCGCUCGUCGAAAAAUUUCACCUACUCCAGCGAGAGUCUGAGCGAAAGUUGCUUCUCACCUUUUACCCGAAACGCAAUUACAUUAUCCACUACCGAAACCUCAAGCUGUAUCUGGAGUUGGGCUUAAAACUAAAGGUCAUUCUUCGCCUUUUGAAGUUUUCGCAGAGGGCAUUCCUUAAAGAUUUCAUCGACUUUAACCACAACCUCCGAAAACAGGCGGCAAAUGCUUUUCAAAAGAACUUAUCUAAGCUCAUUAUGAAUUCAAUUUAUGGCAAGACUAUCGAAAACCCACGUCAGUACAACAACGUUGUCAUUAGCGUGAGCGAGGACGAAGUGCUGAAAAACCUGCAGAAGCCUAACCUCAGACAGUUUGCGGCAAUUAGCCCGGCCGUGGUGAUCUUUCAGUUUUCUCAGAGAACCCUACACUUGAACAAACCCGUGUACGCGGGCUUUUUCAUUUUAGAGAUGUCCAAACGGGUCAUGUACGAAUUUUUCUACAAGCAGGUCAGGCGCGUUUUCCCCGACGCUCGCGCAGCGUACAGCGGCACGGACUCGUUCAUCCUCCAAAUCACCGACCCGGAUGUAGACUCGAAGCUCGCGACCCUUGUCGAAACUCACCACUUCUGGGUACCCGGGCGAUCACCCCUUGUUCUCUCCCGCAAACAAAAUGAAACUAGGAGUGUUCAAAAACGAGCUCCCAAAAGAUCACAUUCUUGGAUUUGUUUGUUUAAAACCCAAACUCUAUUCGAUGGAACUAGCCUCCCGAGAGCACUACGUGAGGGCGAAAGGAGUGAAAAGGUGCGAGUCCCGUAA